AUGAGAUACAAUUUUUUAUUUGGUCUUUCGAUAUCACUUUAUUUGUUCAUCGUAUCACUUCACAACUUCCUCGACUGCCAAGAUCUCUGUGAGCAAUUGCCUAAUGAAAAAUUAGUUCAUGAAAACGGUUCAUAUAAAUAUUCUUAUAAUCAUUAUUAUGCACAGAGGAUUCGCCUUAAUCAGUUACAUCCAGUUGCAAAUGACAGUUUUCAAAACAUUAGUAAUCAUCAAAUAGCUUUACCAACAUUCCCGUUUCAUUAUUAUGGUAGUUACAGCAAUAAUAUUAUUAUUUCCGAUGGUGAAAUAAAAAUACGAAAAGAAAACGAUAUCGGAAAAAUUUCAAAUCGUAUGGCAGACAUUGUAUAUUCUAAUUUAGAGGCUUUGUCGAAAAAAGAAUACAACGCAAUCCGAAUGUCUUUUGAAGGAGAAAUUAAUGGUACACAGAUUGUAGCCAAGAUAACCAGUUUGAUAUAUCCGAGUGGGAGAAUAUCUAUCUAUUAUAACAACAUUUCUAUGGAAAUUGAUGAGAUCAAACGACAUUCGAAAAUCAGCGUCACAUUUUUGUGUGGAUCAAAAAUUUGUUCAACAUACAAUUCGCAGAAAUUAUGCCAAAACCCCAAAACAUCGAAUGUAGCUUGUAUUUGGUGUGAAAGAAUCAACGUAUGCAUUGAUAGUAAUGAUCAAGAUACUCAUGAAUUGAAAAUAAAUGAUUGCCGUGUCGAGGUUAGUGCUUGUUAA